AUCACAUUCUCAGUCAUGGCGUUCAAGGGGAGAAACUGGAAGCUUCUUCUUCUCUUUAAUGCUGUAAGCUUGCUGGGAAUAUACAUUUUAUCUACAAAAAACCAGCACCAAAUCAGGCGGCAACUUCCUGUUCAGGAGGCUCCGCUUGUGGAUGAUUCUUGGAUGCUGGAGAACAGGCGGCAGUUGAAACCGGAGGUAAAACUGGAACCAAAGCAUAAACCGGAGCCAAAACCCGAGCCAAUACUGGAACCGGAAGAAAAGAAGACUGGUGAUAGCGAGGACAACAAUCUGAAGGAGAGGCUUCGCAACCUGGAGAAGCUUGUGUACGGGCCCCUGAAUGGUCUUGCCAAACCUCUCGGCCUGGUUGAAGGCUUCGGGGCUCCAGGCUCAGACGGACUUCCCAUCAAGCUGUCUGAGGAAGAGGAGAAACUAUCUGAAAUUGAGAAGAUAAAGUACGGCUACGAUUCCUUCAUGAGCGACAAGAUCUCCUUGGACCGAAAACUCCCGGACUUCAGACCCAGCAAAUGCAAAGAGUACAUCUACCCAAAAGAUCUCCCCACAAUCUCCCUCAUCUUCAUUUUCGUCAACGAGGCACUGUCCGUCAUCCUGCGCUCGAUCCACUCGGCGGUCAACCACACGCCGGCCCAGCUGCUCAAGGAAAUCAUCCUGGUCGACGACUGCAGCGAUGAUGAGCGAUUAAAAGAACCUCUGGAGAACUAUGUGAACAAACGCUACCCUGGUCUGGUCAAGAUUGUCCGGAACAAAAAGAGGGAGGGUCUGAUCCGGGCCCGGAUCGAGGGCUGGAAGGUGGCCACCGCCGAGGUGACGGGAUUCUUCGACGCCCACAUGGAGUUUACGCCAUUCUGGGCCGAGCCGGCUUUGGCCCGCAUCAAGGAAGACAUCACCAGAAUCGUCCUACCGUCCAUCGACAACAUCAAAUAUGACACCUUCGAGUUGCAAACCUACGGGCUCCCAGCCCACGGCUACGACUGGCAGCUGUGGUGUAAAUACAUUGCGCCCUCCAAAGAAUGGAAGGACCUGAAUGACAAAUCCGCACCCAUCAGGAGCCCCGCCAUGAUUGGCUGCUCCUUCUUGGUGCACCGGGUCUUCUUUGGUGAGCUGGGUUUGUUCGACCCAGACAUGGACACCUACGGGGGAGAGAACGUAGAACUGGGCAUUAGAGCUUGGCUGUGCGGUGGCAGCAUGGAGAUGCUGCCUUGCUCCCGUGUGGCUCACAUCUCGCGCUUUAAGAAACCUUACCUUGAGGAGCCUCUGCACAUCCCCAUGCGGCGCAACGGCCUUCGCGUGGCAGAGGUUUGGUUUGAUGAAUACAAGCCCAACUUUUACUACGCUUGGAAUAUUCCAAUGGAGGGUCACGGCAUCGACUAUGGAAACAUAACUCACAGAGUGGAACUCAGAAAGAGACUGCAUUGCAAGAACUUCAAGUGGUACCUGGACAAUGUGUACCCUCAAAUGAGAACCUAUCUUGACACGGUCAUCUACGGCGUGAUGAACAACACUCACGCCAACUUCAGCCACCUGUGUCUGGACCAGGGGGAAAGAAAGGACCACGAACCAAUACUGUUCCGCUGCCAUGGCUUACCCCCUCAGUUGGUGCGCUAUACCAGUAAAAAUCAACUAUACAUUGGUACACUGGGCAACAGCUUUUUCGAAACACGCUGCCUGGUGGACGAUCCGGACAUUGCCACACCGCAGCUCCUCGACUGUGACCAGGUGAAAGACAUCAAGCUGACCAAGUGGAAGUACACUCAGGGCAACGAAGUCCGAAACAUGGCCACGGGUCGCUGCAUGGAGGUAGUAUCCAUUUCAAAGAAGUUAGAGCUUAUUAUGCGGUCCUGCACGGGCCAGAAGUGGAACUUGAAGACUCCACCCAUACGAUACUGAGUUCGAAGGCUGAUUUUUAUAUGUAUUUUACUUUUUCAGUGAUGUGUUUUAUUUGAAUAUUGUGUUAUGUUUACUUGGUUUAAUUUUGUACCAGCUUACUUUUAUUCAGUAGUUGUGCUCAUAAGUCCCAGUCAAAAUGGUAUGGUUUAGACAAGUGUUGUCAAUGUCGGCUAAUGAGUAAAAAUGCUAAUAACAGGAUCAAAAGAAAGUGUUAAAUAGCAUUAUUAUGUGAAUUAGAAUCAUAUUUUGAGACGAUUCAACAACAGUUUAGCAAAGUGCAGAUGACGAGAAAUUAGUCUUUUAAUCUGCCGUUUAGCCUCUGCCUGUCAUUAUAGCGCCCUAGCGUCCCCAACAGGAGGAUGACUUCGGCAGAAUCAUGGUUUCAUCUGAUUUAGAAUUUAGCCCAUUCAGGGGGAAUUAUUCAGAAUGAGGAAAAUGCGACAAAGAGAGCCGCAAAAUGUCAUUGUUUCAAUCUCUCGACACCAAUAUUUUUACAGGAUAUUCUUUUUAUCGAAGUAUUUUUCCCCAUUUGCUAAAUAGAUGGUAUGGUCAUGAUAAAUAACAGUCUAGUGCUAAAUAGAAUGUGAAAUAUUAAAAAUGCAUUUAUUCAGGAUGACAUGGCAAAAUUACUCCAUAAUGGUCAAAACUGUCUACUUCUUGCACUUUCCCGAACGAUAUUUUAUGCCACCGGAGUUAGUCUGGCUUUUGUCAUUUCCCUGCCUGCCCCGGCUUCGGAGAGCGUAAACAAACCAGGAGGUGUGACAGCUAGCCAACAUGCUAACCCGAACAGAGUGAUGUUUCAAAGUCUUUGAAGUGGAAAAUCACACAAAACUACACCGGAUAAUGUUACACGGCGGCGGGGUUGUCGAUUGUCUUCGGCGAUCGGCAACCCGCCCGACGGCGAGCAACUUACAGCUCGUCAUUCCCCUGCUGCGAGCGGGAAAGCUCAUUUUCUGGGGAAGAAACUGAAGAAUUACCGCCGGACAAACCGGCCAACGUCAGAGGAGCACAUAGCUGCCACAUGGUCAACACGAAUAUGGCGAAAAUUAAUGCUUAACCACACAGCGAAGACGUAAACAGUGAGAGAGUGCCGUGCAGUUGUUGUGCAGCUAACAUAGUAGGAUGUGUGCGAGGAUAAAUGAUCAAUUAUCAAUUAAUUAUAAUAAAGUCCUUCAUUGAAAUAAAGUUUGUAGUGUAUACUUUGUAAUCGCUGUAUUUGCGGCCAUUUUUAACAGAAAGUAGCAAUUUGGAAAAUUUGACGGAACACCGGGCACACGGAGAGGGCAAAA